AGUUAAUAUAUUUGUAAAUGUCAGACCAAGGCCUUCAGAACUUAAGACUAGAAGUAGAGGAGAAAUCUAAGAAGUUAGAGGACUCUAAGACCGACUUUAAUUAUUCACAAAGAGUUGAUGAUGCCAAGGAGGUUAAUAAAGAUGAUAAUAAGGAAACUUCGCAAGGAAAUGUAACUGCUGAUCAUGUAGAGAGCAAAGCUAAAGAGAUUAAACUUAACUUUAAGGAGGAAUCUGAUGCUAGUAAUAUCCCAGUCAAACGAGAACUGCUUAAGAAAUUAGCCAAUGUUUGAGGAGUUACUUUUUAUUCAAAUAUUUCUACAAUUGAGUUCGAUCUCGAGGAUUAUGUUAAAGAAAUUCUCGAUGAUGCGACUAAUGGCAGCCAUGAUAUUAAAAUCAGAGAAGAUGGUCAAAGAGCAGGUGAAGAGAUCACUCUCUAUGAUUCUCAGAACAAAACUAUGUAUCACACUGCUUUUAGCAGACUGACAAGGAAAGAAAUAGAAUCGAUGCUCUCCUUGGUCAAGAAAUUUACUCCAAAUGGUAAAUAUAAUAAAAUGAGAAUACUGCCUCAUUCAAUCAAGCAGAUCCAAGACGCAUUAGAAAAGGCACAGAGUGGUAAAGGCUUGAGUCCGACCAAGACAGAAGGAAAAAGUACGAACAGAGUGAACUCAAAAAAUGAUUCUGAAGAAGACAGUAAUUCCUUCAGUCCGUAUGGGAAAUGGGUGAGGAACUUGAACAAAAACACAGAUUAUGAUGUAAAUAUCAAGGAGAAGUACUUCACCAAAGCCACAGACUCCCCUAAAAUUGGAAUUUUGGAAAAAGAGCAAUCUGAAAAUGACGAGAUGCAGAAGGUAAAGAACAAGCAGUUCAAGUUGCAGAAGCAGUAUCAAGAAGCCCAACGGAUUAAUGAUAUGAAGCUUAAGCAAUUUAUGAAGAGACAGAGGGAGAUAAGGACUAGGAAUGAACAAGAUAGUCAGGUCUCCAGUCUAAAGAACCAAAUCAAUGCUGCUAUAAACCGAUCUAAUCAAAAUAAAUUAAAAAUUUAUAAGAAAAAUUCGAGGAAGAAGAAAAGUAUUCAGCCAAAUAUAUCUCUACCUUCUAUAAAGAAAAAGCCUGCAUCAGAGGUUUAUAAUGCACAGAAAGAGCUUACUCUGAAUACUGUUAAGAUAAGAUCUAAUAUAAACAAAAGUUCUUCUCCAGUGGGCCAAAGCCUCGUUAGUGAGCCAAAUGUCAGCUUAAUCAGGAAGAAAUUGAGGAGUAAGAAGAGAAAAGUUAAGAGAGAUCUUAAUUCUCAGCUAAAAUACUCCAGAAAUGGGGCUGACUCUAGGGUUAACACUCAUAAUAUGCACACUCCUCAAUCAAAAGCUGACAAAGUGUAUUCUGCUCAGAAGAGUACAGAGAACAUAGACCCUAAGAAAAUUUCUCAUGAUAUUCUGGAACAUAGAGUUUUAAGAAGGAACUAUACAAACCAGAAGCCAACAGGGAUUAGUACAUUUAACAGCUCCAGAGUCAAUAAGAACCUCGAUCAGUCUCUUAACCAGUCAAGUGGUUACAGAAAAAUAAAGAAAAGGAAUAAGAAAAGGAAGAUUACUCAGAAUGGACCGGUUUUGUUAAUCGAUGAUAACCGAAGUAGUAACCGACUUACCAGUAAGACUCGCAUUAAGAUUUUUAAGACUAACAAGGAUAUUUCUUUUUCAAGCUCAAAGUAUCCUAAACUUCAUAAUGAGAGUUAUGAUUACCUGCUCCAUCGAAGGAUUGAGAGGGAAACCAAGCCCUCUAACCGUUGGAAGAAGCGCAACAAGUGCAAUAUCAGCAUCAGAGGUAUAGACUAUGAUGAUGACUUUUACAAAGUCCAGCAGCGAGCUCGAGAAGUCACCAGGAAAGCAAUGCAAAUUGAAGGCAGAAUUCUUGAGAAUCAAAGCGAGAAAGAGAAAAUGGAGCAAAGUCAUGAGGUGGACACAAUGCUGCUUGACUCCUUAAAGGCCAAGAUUUCGCUAUUGAAUCAAUUAUCUUCCUAGUGCCGUCUUUUUGUUCAAUGUUUUAAAAAGUUCAAUUUGUG